AUGAAGUUCCUUUUUAUCUGUGUUUCUCUGGUUUGUGCCAGUUUACCGUAUUCCUCUCGAGCUAAAGUUCUGGUACCUCGAAAUCAGGUAAGACAAUUGACUUCAGAUUUUUUCACUUACAAAGAACGAUUUUCCGUUGACUUAUUUCUGUCAUUACGGCAAGUUUUAAUUUUGUGGCUCUUUGAAUGUUUAAAUUAAGCCCCCGCCGCUUCAUUAUCGACCCUUCCACGGUUCGUUUUCAACUUUUGACUGGGAGCAGUUAGUGAAAGUUCGUCAACACGGCUGAAAAGAAAGCUUAAAAUCAGUAAGGCUGUCAAGUUUGAAAGUGAUUCGUUGAAAAAUAACGACUAGGGAUACAGCUUUGCAAAGUCAUGGAAUUAUGGAGACGUUUGAUGGUUGGAGGCAAGUUCGUGCCCCCAACAUACUAAUGUUUGUAAAAUUUCGCGGGACUAUGUGGAGUAAUACCUUCGCUUACUUUAGACGUAUCACCUUUAAACUUGGUAGGUUUCCUAAUUUUAAGGUGCUCUUUCCAGCAGUGACUAUAGAUAUUCGCCUAAGGGUCUAUAUUUACAGUAAAUUUUUAAAUGACUAUACAGUCCUACUCAUGUUGAAAAUCUUUUAAGAUACCAGUAACAGAGAAAACAAUGAAAAUAGUGCGUUAGGUCGAGUUUAUAAACGUGUUUUUUGUAUGAUUUUGUGCCGCUUUCUCCUGUACAGGAACAAGAACCCUUUUAUCCUCUCAUGGCCAUAACCAAAAAAAUAACAAUACAGCACAUUUGUUACACGCCGUGUUCUUAUGAGCACUGAAUUAAUUUUCCGCAAUCUCGCAUCUCGUCUCUCUAUGUUUCGUUCCCUUUGUUGUAUAUCAUUCAUGCUAUAAGUAAAGUUGCGUCAUCAUUGUUUUUCCUUAUUAUUAUUUUUUUCUGUUUUAGGAUCCAACAAACCCAUCUGCUCAUAUCGAAGCUGCCACUAAGUAUGAGGUUCGCUAUCCACCCAACACAGGUACUUCAAGUUCUUUGCUCCAAUCUUUGCAUUUUUAAAAUUUAUUUUUGUUGAGCCAGAACUUUGAAACAAAAAACUAAAGUACACCUUCAAAGAUAACGAUUUUUUAAAACGCAUAAAACAGGGAAAAAUUCUUUGAGAAAAAGUAUAAAAUGAACGAUUACUUCUACUGUAUCGUUGUAGGGUAACAAUUUGUCAUGCAAUCUCGUAAUUAAUCUCAGAAAAUCGUGCUAGGAUAUCGUGGGGUAUUCGGUAGGGUUCAACCUCAAGCCCUGGGGGCGAGGUUAGGUAGGGUUAAAAGUAAAGUUUUGAAAAUCUUGGAGAGUGAUCACCUCUAUAUGAUCUCUUAAAUCACAUACGCCUGUUUAUACCUUGCUUCGUAGUGAUCAAGGACUGGUCUCUCAGCGCUCCCAACAGCUACCUUGGAUGCGGAAUGAAGUAUCAAGACGGAAAAUUGACGGUGCCUACCCCCGGACGGUACUAUAUCUACGCCCAACUUUACUUCCGCAACAAUGGACGAGUCUUUAUCAAAGUUAACGACAAAAUCGUGACCAUGCUUCAACCACCCGUAAAUGACAAAAACUUCCAUGGUACCGUGUACACUGGUGGGGUUUUCAACCUGAACGCUAAUGACGUCAUCACGUUGACUGCCCACUCUUAUCCUGAACCAUACGGCCCUAAAAUUUACAUGGCUUCCAAACACAGUUACUUUGGCGCAUUUUUGAUUUAA